AUGGCGAAACUCAACUUCCUUCUGCUGGCCGGCCUCGCCGCCAAGCUCGUCGCUGCAAAGGAUGUUCACCUUGAUUGGAACGUGACUUGGGUCAAUGCAGCACCCGAUGGGUUUGAACGUCCUGUGAUCGGGAUCAACAAUAUCUACCCUUGUCCUGAGGUCAAUGUGGAACUUGGAGAUCGUGUCAUUGUGGAUGUCUACAACGGACUGGGCAAUCAGUCCACAGGUGUCCAUUGGCAUGGUUUCCACCAGUAUCACACUGGUGUCAUGGAUGGUUCUACCAGCGUGACCCAAUGCCCCAUUCCUCCCGGCAGCCACAUGCGAUACACCUUUGAUGCGAACCAAACUGGAACCUACUGGUAUCACUCACACAACAUGGGCCAAUACCCUGACGGUUUCCGCGGAGCCUUCAUCGUGCACGAUCCUAAGCCUCCGUUCCAGUAUGAUGAGGAGUUCACGAUUACUCUCACAGAAUGGUACCACCGUCAGAUGCCCGAUCUGCUGCAUGAGUAUCAGUCUGCGGAGAACCUGGCCGCGGGAGGUCACGAGCCCAUCCCCGACUCUGCCCUGAUCAACGACUCGAACAACGCCCAGUUCAAGGUCUUGCCCAACAAGACGUACCUUGUCCACAUUGCCUGCGUGGGUAACUGGCCAGGCCACACCUGGGUUUUCGACGGACAUGACAUGACCGUUGUUGAGGUGGAUGGUGUGUACAUUGAGCCUUACACCGUCGGUAGCAAGAUGCUUCGUAUUGCUCCCGGCCAGCGAACCAGCGUGUUGAUCCACACAAAGCCCGAUGCCAGUCAAAACUUUGCUAUUUGGGACACGAUCGACAUCAACAUGAUGUUCAUCUACGAGAAUCGACCCAUCCCGGAUGGCUACAACCCCAACGUGACUGCGUGGUUGGUCUACGACGAGUCCAAGCCUCUUCCCCCUCCGCCUGUUCUUCAUGAGUUCAACUUUGUGGAUGACUUGGACUUCACUCCACUUGACCGACAGGCUGCUCUGGGCCCCGUGGACAAGCAGAUCGUUCUGGAUACCUUCACCGCGGCGAUUGAUGGCAUUCCUCGGUUUGUUGUCAACAACCACACCUAUAUUCCGCAGGAUGCCCCGAGCUUGUACACUGCCAAGACUAUUGGCAAGGAUCUUGCAUCGAAUCCCGAGGUCUAUGGUCAAGUCAAUCCGUUUGUUGUGAAGUACGGUGAAGUGGUCGAGAUCAUCAUCAACAACUACCACAACAACUUGCACCCAUGGCAUUUGCACGGUCACCAGUUCCAGGUCCUUCAGCGCACAGAUGUUGAUGGUGGUUACUUUAAUGGUACCAUCGGGGACUUGGGACACCCUCCAGUCCGUCGCGAUACCAUCAUGGUUCAGAAUCAUGGCCACGCUGUGAUUCGGUUCAAGGCCGACAACCCGGGUGUGUGGCUGCUCCAUUGCCACAUUGAGUGGCACGUUGAGGCUGGUCUUAUUGCCACUAUCAUUGAGGCUCCCGAGACAUUCGAGCAAGUCGAGGCGCCUCCCAAGGAUCAUCUCGCUGUCUGCGCUGCUUAUCCCGACCCGUCCAACGGUAAUGCUGCCGGCAAGCAAGGUCUUGACCUGAAUGGUGCCAACACCAAGGUCAACACUGACAACCACGGUGCCAUGUACUACCCCGCGACCUUGACCGGUAUCACGUCUGUUCGCCCCACUCAGACGGUGAAGCCUACGACCGCUUCCAGCCCAGCAUGGCCCUUUGCCUCUGGUUAUAGCCAUGGCCACCAUCCUCGUCCUCAGAACCAGCCCGCUGUUGCAGGUGCGGCUUCCGCCCCCGUGAUCCCGACUCACUCGGUUCAAGCCCCUGCGACACCAUCGUCCUCCCUGGUCCAGGCUCAGUCAUCAACCUUCCAGACGCACGCCUCUGCAACCAAGGCUCGGCCUUCCGAUAUCAAGGUUGACCCAAUUUACUCGGCAGGAUCAUACAAGCCCGCUGCCCCGGUCCAUUCGGCCCAGCCGAUCGCUGCUUUUGAGCAUGAGACCUCUGGUGAAUGGCCUCAGCCUUCUACUAAUGAGGCGGGUGCCAUGAUUGGCAAUGCUUGCGGCGAUGAGCCCAUCGUCGCAUACAACGAGGACAGCCAUGGAUCCUGGCCUGAGUCCUCCGAAAACAAUGCCUACGUCAAGUCCUGCCACCAUGUCAUUCAGACCCAUGAUAACGGGCCCAACACUCUGCCCGAAGGUUACGAGUACUGGCAGCCGUACGCCAAUUCCCAAUAG